UUGACCGAGGUGUGAGCUCUGUGUUCGAGGGAACUACUUGUACCAUCGGUGUUGUUGGGAUGCCCUGCAUAGGUAAAUCAACUCUUGCUAGGAAGUUGUACGAGAAGUUGAAGGACGGAUUCUUGAGCUACACGUUGAUCCCAGAUGUCCAUGAAAUUUCUAAAAAAGAUGGGUUAAGUUACUUGCUCACAAUACUCUUGGAGGAUUUAUUAAAUGUCAAGGAUCCCAACAUUGAGACAGUACAAGCUGCACACCAAGUUUACAAAGAUCAACUACUCAGAACCAAAGUCUUUGUAGUUCUCGACAAUGUUACUAGCAAGGACCAAAUUGAUGCUCUUCUCGGCAAACGCGACUGGAUUAAGCCGGGAAGCAAAAUUGUCAUUGCAACAAGAGAUAAGUCACUGAUACAAAGUUUUGUCGAUGAUAUUUACGAGGUCCCUGGACUAAGCGCUAGAGACGCCUUACAACACUUUGUCCAUUAUGCAUUCCAUGAUCAAGAAGGCAGUGCUCUCAGGCAAGGAAAUUUCUCAAAGUUGUCAAACGAUUUCGUUCAUUACACCAAAGGAAAUCCACUAGCUCUCAAGAUAUUGGGAACAGAGCUUUUUGGAAAAAAUGAGACUCACUGGGACUUAAAACUGAAAGCAUUGGAUCAUCACCAUAUAAGUCCAUUAGGACAUAGCUGGCUUCAAAAGGUUUGGGAGGGGAGUUAUGAUGGACUGAGUCAACAGGAAAAAGAUAUGCUUCUUGACAUUGCUUGCUUCAGGUCGCUAGAUGAGAAUUACCUAGUGAGUUUAUUGGAGUCAGAUGACACUAGGAAUAUAAUGGAAGAUCUCGUGAACAUGUUCAUGAUUAAUAUAAAUGCUGGCAAAGUACAGAUGCAUGAUACAUUGUAUAUGCUAUCCAAGGUGCUUGGUCAAAAAGCCACUGCUACAGAUGGAAAGGGACGGCAUAGGUUGUGGCACCAUCAGACCAUAACUGAUAUGCUAAAGAAUAAUAAGGGAGCGUGUAAUGUCAGAUCUGUCUUUCUUGACUUGUCUGAUAUAACAAGAAAAAUGAGUUUCCACAGCUCUGCUUUUGCCAAGAUGAGAGAUCUACGAUAUCUCAAAAUCUACAGUACUAAUUGUUCCCGAGACUGUGAUCAUGACAUUAAAGAUGACACUAAGUUAAACUUCCCUGAAGGAAUCCAGCUACCAUUGAAUGAGGUACGAUGUCUCCACUGGUUGAAAUUCCCAUGGAAAGAACUUCCACAAGAUUUCAACCCUUUUAAUUUGGUCGACCUCAAGCUUCCUUAUAGCAAGAUUGAACGAGUUUGGGAAGAUAACAAGGAUGCACCAAAACUAAAGUGGGUCAAUUUGAAUCACUCAAAGAAGUUGAACACAUUGGCGGGGUUAGGAAAAGCUCAAAAUCUUCAAGAACUAAAUCUUGAAGGUUGCACGGCUUUGAAACAGUUGCAUGUCGAUAUGCAAAACAUGAAGUGUCUUGUUUUCUUGAACCUGAGAGGAUGCACAAGUCUCAAGUCUCUUCCAGAUAUUCAAUUGAUCUCUUUGAAAACUCUCAUCCUCAGCGACUGCACAAAGUUUAAAGAGUUUCAGGUUAUUUCUUCUAAGCUAGAAGUAAUAUACUUGGAUGGCACGGCAAUAAAAGAACUCAAGUUUGACAUCGAAUUCUUCCAAAGCCUUGUCUUCUUGAACAUGAAAGGUUGCAAGAAGCUGAAAAGACUCCCUGACAAUCUAGGUGAGCUGAAAGCUUUGGAAGAACUUAUACUUUCUGGUUGUUCGAAGCUCAAAACAUUUCCAGAAAUUGGGGGAAAUAGGAGCCGUCUAGGGAUACUGCUUUUGGAUGAGACAGCCAUAGAAGAGACACCAAAGAUAGUCUCAGUGCGGCGUUUAUGCUUAAGCAAGAAUGAAAAGAUCAGCCGUCUUCCAAAUCUCAUCAAUCAAUUUCCUCAACUGCAAUGGCUUGAUUUGAAGUACUGUAAGAAUCUUACACAGGUUCCUCAGCCUCCACCAAAUCUUCAGUGUUUAGAUGUACGUGGUUGUAACUCACUGAAAACAAUUGUGAAGCCACUAGUUUGUUCUAGACCGAUGAAGCAUAUCAAUUCCACAUUCAUUUUCACUGAGUGCAAUGAAUUGGAACAAGCUGCAAAGGAAGAAAUUUCCUCAUAUGCUGAAAGGAAGUGUCAGUUGCUCUCAAGUGCACUUAAACACUGCGAUGAGAGUUGUGUUCCAGAGAUUUUGUCCUGCACUAGCUUUCCCGGAUGUGAAAUGCCUUCAUGGUUCUCUCACGGCGCAAUUGGUUCUAUGGUGGAGUUCGAGUUACCUCCUCACUGGAAUCACAAUAGGCUUUCUGGGAUAGCCUUAUGUGUUGUUGUUUCAUUCCAGAACUGUCAAAAUCAUGCCAACUUGACAGUCAGAUUCUCUUGUGCGCAAAAUAACGGAAAGAGCUCUUGCACCAACAUUACUUGGAAGGUUGGAAGUUUAAUUGAACAAGACAGCAAAGUAAACACGGUUGAGUUAGAUCAUGUUUUAAUUGGCUACACCAACUGCUCAAGCUUCAUAAAACUUGUUGAAGGCCAAAGUCCUCGUAAAUGUGCUCCGACCAAGGCAUUACUUGAGUUUAGGGUAACGACUGGUACUGGUGGUGGUGGGGAAUCUAGGUUUGAAGUUUUGAAAUCUGGUUUCAGUUUUGUGUUUGAACCUGAAGAGAACAGAGUUCCAUUCGCAAGGAAUGAUGACGUCAAAGGUAAAACAAAAAUCAACGGAACUCGAAGUGCUAAUGGUUGUUUCAAGGACCAAGCAUAUGGUGAUGAAUCUCCAAAGGGCCAGUGGCAGACAAAAACCUACAUUGAGAGUUCAACGUACAUCCCAGAUGAAGCAUCUUCUUCCCAAACAUCUGGUAUUGAUUCCACUCUUUUGUAUUAAAUUCAUCAACUAAGACUUAGCUGAGUUCCUCAGUUUUCACACUAUUUUAUUCAUUGGAACUCCUCUGUAUUUGUAUCUCCAUUGUACAUCUAUCUCUCUGUUCUCAUCUUAUAGAUGAUUUGGCUUGGGAUUUA